AUGGCGCGGGUGUCAGAGAUUCACACGAAAGACAAAGUGAUAGAUUUUUUACGUGUUCUUAUAGUUUUUCAAACAUUACACCCAAAUACAUUAAAUGUUCAUGGAGUAGACAGUCACAGUCAAGCAUUCAUACAAACAGAUAAACAUUUAACAUACAUAGUAGGUGAUUAUAGUAAUGGUAUUCCUUUAGAAAUAAAACCUGGUCAUUCAAAUCAAGAUUUUAGCCAACAAGAUGAUAAUUUUUUCUCUACGAUUAGGUUGGAUCCUCCCCUUCUGGAUUUUAACCAACAACCAGUGGGGAUGCCCCGUAUGGAAAAAGUUACAGUUGUAAAUUCAGAUACUAAAAAUACUUUACAUUUAAUAUCAAUAUCGGGCAGUACUGUUCAUUUUCAUUGCUCAUUUUUUCAAGAUAAGGCAGUGCCCCCUGGUGGCAAUACAACAUUUGAUGUUGUGUUUUUAGCUCGUCAGGUGGGCAAUGUAGAAAAUACACUUUAUAUUCGUACAUCCUUAGGAUAUUUAAAUUAUCAGGUUUUUGGGGUGGGGGUUCCAAACCCAUAUCGCUUGAGACCUUAUUUAGGUGCGCGGGUGCCAGUAAAUUGUAGUUUUUCACCUAUGAUAGAAAUGCAUAAUCCAUAUAGUACUAAAUUACAAGUAUUAGAAAUGUUUUCUAGUGAGGGUGAUUUACAUUUAGAAUUACCCACUGGUGAAAAAGAAGCUGGUAAAUCUGCAUGGGAAAUCCAGCCCUUUGAAACCAAGUCGGUAAUGAGAGCUAAUUUUAUCGCUAGAGUAGAAAAUAAUCAUACAGCUUUUAUACGUAUUAAAACCAGUAAAGAAAGUGAAAAUAAAUUAUUAAUAUUACCAGUAGAAGUAGAAGUAUCAGCAGAACCAGGUUUAUAUUCUCCUGUUGAAAUGAUAGAUUUUGGUAUUUUACGAACGUUUGAUGAGCCGAAAUCCAUGAAAAUAGGUUUAAUAAAUACUGGUACAAAACCAAUACAUAUCAGUAGCAUAACAGUAUCACCACCAAAUGAUGCAAUAAGUAUAGAUUUUAGACCAAGUAAAUUACCAGCUAAUAAUCAGAAAAUAACAACAAUAGCUCAUAUCACAUAUAAAGCUGUAAAAGCAUUACACCCCAGACAAUGGUCUGGUAAAAUAAUAAUACGUUCUAAAAAUAAUCAAGAGAAAUUAAUCUUGCCAUACCAAGCCAAUGUUUUACAUGGGUCUAUGGUCUAUAAUAUUAACAUGACAUAUUUUUUUAGUGCUAAAGCUCUACGGAAUAUAACUAGGCCUUUAGCUUUUACCAAUACUUUUAACUUUUCACUUGUUAUAUAUAAUGUCAGCUUAUCUUCUAAUGUAGCUCCAUAUUUCACUAUUUUAAACUUUGUUCGUCCUAUGAUAAUUUUACCACAGCAGACUUUAAAAGCAUUUGAUUUAAUGUAUCACCCUAAUGCUACACAGUUACAUUUUACUACAAUGUUAACACUUCAUACCAAUACAUCUACGUUUUCUAUACCUAUAAUAGUUUAUAAUGGCUUAUUUAAAGUUAUACACCAUAGACCAGAGAAAUUUAAGGGUCAGUUAGAUUUUGGUACUAUGGGAGUGGGUGAAAGUCGUAGUAUGACAUUUACGGUUAGAAAUGAUAAUCCUGUCAAUGUGAUACUAGGUGAAUACACCUCUAAUAUGAAUCAAACCAUAGUAAGAAUAUUAGGUAUAGAAAAAGGUAAUGGUACAACGCUAACCAGAUUACAUAAUCAAUCUGAUAUAGACACUGACCCUUUAAUAAUCAAACCAUAUCAUUACGCAGUAUUUAGUGUUGAUGUUAUAGCACCUUACGAGGAAGGGGCGUAUGCAGCAGAAGUUAUGAUUGUCACCCAAUUUCAAGAUUUAUUUAUACCUAUGACAUUACGUACAGCAGAAGGUAGUCUCUAUGCCAUUCCAGAAAAAUUUAUAUUUGAUAGAGUCUAUCCUGGUAAAACACCAUUUAAAGUUUUACAAAUAAACAGCACUUUUAAAAAUUAUAUGGAAGUUACACAAGUUACAUUUAAUCCAGCAGAUACUAGAUUUUAUUUUAUACCACAAAAUGAUAAUGUAGUAUUACUGAAACCUGGAGAACCUAAUGUGGUGGGAAAGAUAUAUUUCGAUAGUAAAAGAGAAUGUUUAGAAGAUUGUUAUGUUGGUUUACCAACUUUUACUCCUGGAGGAAACCAGUGGCUAGUUGGUUUAACUCUAGAAAAAGAAGUUGCAAAUACAGACCAAUAUCUCUUUACAUGGUUACAACAAAAAUGGGAAAAAAUAGAGAAUUCAGAAUUUAAUAUAGCCAAUGUAACAAUAGAAUUAGAUACAAAUGAAGUUCGAGGUUUUUUAUUCUCAGCUCAAGCCUAUUUACAUUGGCCAUCUUUAGUACGAAAAACACAUAUAAAAUUUCCUUUAACACAAAUAGGCAAUAUAUCAAUAUCUGAUGUUAUAGUGGAAAAUACUGGAGAUUACCCUGUAGUUAUACAAGUUUUACCUUUAUCAUUAUAUCCCAGUCCACAUACAAUACUAGAUUUAUUAACAAAUAGGUUAUCAACAGAUAUCUCCGACUAUAUUGAAACAGAUGAUAUAGAUACAUUUACUCUACGUGAUCUAGAACAUAUUAAUAAAGCUGAUAAUAAUCCAAUGAUAAAUCAUAGAAAAACAGUAGAGAAUUUAUUAGGUCCAACACCACAUCCUGAUACUCUAGCAGCACUGUUAAAAACAGGAGAAAAAUUAAAAGUUAAAAUAGGUUUUCAACCACGAGAUGAUGUUCUAAGAACAUCUUUAAUAGUUAUCAGGAAUAACUUAACUAUUAUUGAUGCUGUGGUUGUACAGGGUCAAGGUCGGCGUGGUGAUUUAAGAUUUAGCACCAGAAGACCUGGCAGUGUUACACCUUUAUUAUUUGAAAUGACAGAAAAGCAUCUUAAAAACUGUGAUAUUUCUGAGAAAAAGUCCAGUAAAUUGGUUCCCCAUUUUACAGUUCGCAGAACAUUUACAUUAAAAAAUACUGGUGAACUACCAUUUUAUGUGCAUAAAUUUAGUAUUAAUGAUUCACCUUGUGAAGGAUUUGGUUUUAAAGUUUUAGACUGUGAUGGUUUUGAAAUGUUACCUAAUAUGAGUAGAAAAAUAGAUAUAGCUUUUACUCCAGAUUUUACUAUGUCUAGAAUCAGAAGAAGUUUAACAGUUUAUACAAGUUUAGGUCCACCAGCAAAUUAUACAUUACAAGCUACAGUUCCACCACAUUUACUACCUAAAUGUUCAGCAGCUUUACCACGACCUAAUUGGGAACCAGUUUUAUACUAUUCUGUACUCUGUGUUAUGGGCUUUUUCUUCUUCUGUAUCUUAGUAGCAGCAUACUUUGAGGCAGACCGGGUAAUAGUAGCCGAUAUACUCAGACGUAAACUUAAAAUUAACAGCGCUGCACAGAUAUUUGAUAAAGGAAAAGUGUUUGACCUAAACAGUAUUGCUGGAUUAUCAGCCUUACAUCCCAAACCAAUACCACAACCUCAAACAGUUGAAAUCAAACAGCCUCUACCUGCUAGAAUAUUAGAACCAAACGGCCAUGUUGAAUAUCGCAGAGCACAACGUGAACCUCUCUUCUCCAGUAUAUUUAGUAUUCUCAAAAAUCUCAUUCCAAGAAAGAUUUUCCGACGAUCAAGUCGGAAAGUUGAUAGACAAGCAUCAAAAGAAAAAGAAGUUAAAUCUACAAGCUCACAGAGUGGGGCAAAACAACAGACCAAUGAAAAAGACAAAUCAAGUAAUAAUAAUAAUAGUAAUGACAAUACAGAUAAAAACAAACUACGAAAAUCAAAAUAUAACAAGAAACAAGAGGACAAUAAUGAGAAGAAAAUUCGAAGUGACUAUUAUAAUGACCCUAUAGAAGAUUAUAUUACAGAUAUGAUGGAUAAAGAAGAAUUUAUACCUAAUCGAUCAAAUGUGAAAUCUCGUAGUAAGAAGAAACGUGGUAAGAAUAAUGAUAUAUUACGUACUGUAGGAUUAAAAGAUAUCUCAUCAGUUAUAUCAGAUGAUAGAGAUGAAAUAUCAUCUACCACAACAGAUUCUUCUAAUGGUGAUAAUGAUGAAAAGACGUACAGUGCUAGAGAUUCUACACCAGAACCACCUGUUAUAACAUCGUCAAAAUCUAAACGAUUAAAAGUCAAAGUUGCAACUUCUGUUGAUGUCUUAGAUGAUUUCAGUGGUGAAGGUGAAUUCUUACUCACGUCAAGAUCAAAAGCUCAUCGUAAGAUUAGAGUUAACCCAAACGAGACAUUUGGAGGAAACAUCCUCCGACCUAGUUCAUUAGAAUUACCCUACUCAAUGGAAAGUAAACCACAAAAAGAAGAGAAAUCCGAAGAAAAUAAAUCAAAAAAAUCCUCAAAAGCCUCUAAGAAGAAAGGUGCUGUUUAUAUUCAUACAGAUUUAACAGAUAGUGAGGACCAUGGUAAAGAUUCACCACCGCCGAAUUGGGAUUUAUCAAACCUCACUCCUGGCGAUCUCAGUGAUUUAUCUAUUCAGACUCAAGAUUUUGCCUCUAAACACAUCAAAUCUAUGAACAGUAAUGGAACUGUUAAUGGCUUUUCUCCUGAUAGUCUGUCUAGUUCCAGUCGUUCCAGUUCUUACAGUAGUAUUGUUAGUAAUAGCAGUAAUGGUAAUGACAAUAAAACUAAACGUGGCUCCAAUGACAAACGCUUUUUCAACCCUUUUGCUGAAAAUGGUCUUCCAAAUUUAUUGUCCAAACCACCACUACUUUCACCAACAGACAAGGGUAAUAAUCCAUGGACUAAUUCUACCAGUAGUCCCAUACCAAUACCAGAAUCAAUUGGAGUGAAUAGUUUUGGUUUACAUACUAUAGAUGAGAAUAUCCAGUCUAACUUCAUGGCAAAUAAUGUUCCAGUUGGAACUCAACCAACUUCUGAAUAUGGUUAUACUGCUCCUAAUGGUAUUGGUGGAAUCUACUCUAAUUAUAGUUCAGCUAAUAUUGAGUCCCUUCCACAAUCACAACAACUGACUAUGAUGCAACAGUUACAAGUGGAAAGGAGACGUCGUACACAAGAACAUCAAAUGAGGAUGCUUCAUCAAGGAGUUGGCUGGCCAGGAUUUGAUGCACCACCAGUAAGAAGUGACAGUUUAUGGGAUUCACCUUUAGAUGCUACAGCUUGGUCAUCCAACACGGAUAGUCCACCUAAUAGUAAUCCUGGUGGUUUCUGGAACACCAUAAGUAACUCUGCUAGUAGUGGAUGGAAUUCGUUUGCUAGUAUUUGGGGUAACACACCAAGUACAAGUGCUGCACCAACCAUACCAACUGACAGUAUUGUCAAUGAUGGAACCAAUCCAAACUCUCCUUCUGUUCCAAUUACAUCUUCUGGAAGUUUCAAUCCAUUUGGACCAGUUCAAGCUAUCUGGGCUCCUGGAUCAACUCAGACAGGCACUAGUAACUGGGGACAGUUUGCAGCUAAUCCUGAAGAAGAGGAGCAGAAACAGUAG